CACAAUUCGGUUGUCAUGGGCCAGUAACUGCUUGAAUUACACCCCGCUGCUUCAAUCUGUGUUUUGACUGUUUCGUACUGGAAAGAAGUCUAUUAAUAGAUCCAGGGCCGCUGUUUAAACUUUUGUGUAUAUUAUUUCAGGUAAGAGAGCUGACUAUUAACUGUGUACCUGACAUCGUGGGUCUCACAAAGCAGCCGCUUGGGCUCUGUGGGAUAUUAUGUCGCUACAUUCCAGCAUCUGUACAUAGAGUUAAUAGCUCACCGCUAUUCAUAUGCUUUCCCUGCAGUAUCAUAUUACACGUUUAUGGGGUGAACUAACACUGUUCGACAGUAUAUGAGAGCUACAGUACCCUUGACACUGAAAUACAGACUCAAGAACCGCAGUGUCCGAUCGCCUGGCGAACCUGUCUUCCUGGCGAGAUGACGGCUACAUCACGAGUGCUUGUCCUCUACACAGGGGGAACUUUUGGCAAGGUUGAGACAAACGAAGGACCACUACGCUGUAUACACCGGCUUUGUUAUAAUCAUGGGGACAGACGCUAUGGCGUAUGUAGGCUCCGCGUUGUCGUUCAUGCUGCAGCACCUCAACAAGCCUGUCAUCUUCACGGGGGCCAUGAUCCCAAUCUCCUACUCGUCAACAGACGGCUUGAACAAUCUGUUGUGUUCCCUCAUCAUGGCGACUCGCAAGGUCCCCGAGGUAAUGCUGUGCUUCAAUAAGACGGUCUUCCGAGCCAACAGGACCACCAAGUUGGACUCCGUCAACUUCGACGCCUUCAUUUCCCCCAACAUGUCCCCCCUAGCGACAGUCGACGUGGUUGAAGGCACACUGGACGUGAACAUCUCGGUGAAGGAGAACCUGGUGAGACGGAACCCAGUCACCGAAGACCUGGAUGUUCUACCGGUGUGCGACAAGGCUGACGUCGGUAUGCUGUUGUUGUAUCCGGGGAUGUCUGCAGAUAUGGUGAUGUGUUUUGCUCGAGAUUUCAAAGGCGUGGUCCUACUUUCCCAUGGGGCAGGGAACAUGAGCGAUGAAGUGAUGGGUGCCCUCGAGAAACUCGUGAAAGGUGGAGAUCGUAUAUUCGUUAACAUUACAAGCUGUCUGAGAGGAGGUGUGGCGACAAAUACAUCACUGAAGGAUCUGGUCCAGAGUGGACUUGUUCUCGGCAUGGACAUGACGCCCCAAGCUGCUUUCACCAAACUCAGCUACGUACUGGCGACAAACCUGAGUAUCGAGAAAAAGAAAAAGUUGCUGCUGCAGAAUCUUAGAGGCGAAAUCACGGUGAAGACAUCUGAUUCUGAAGAGAAAAAACGAUAAACAAGAGUUUGAAGUGGGUGUAAGAUUAGAAUGGAGUAAACAUAUGCUCAACCAA